AUGGGAGCUGGCGCCUCGGCAAAUCGGAACACAGAAAAUAAAUACGCUUAUUCGAUGACAACUGAUAACAUUGAUAGAUGGAAUGAAGAUAACGGACUUGCAGUUGUUGCUGGAAUUGAUUUUGGAACAUCUUACUCCGGAUACGCUUUCUCGUUAAAAGGUUCCCGUGACGUCAUCAGCACACAGAAGCAUGGCGGCAGACUUCCAAAGGACCGGGUUCCGACGGUAAUACUGCUCAACCCCGACCAGACGUUUAACUCGUUCGGGUACGAUGCCAUUGAGACUUACAGUGGCCUUUCUGUGGAUGUGAGACCACGUUACUUUUACUUUGAGAAUUUUAAGAUGUUCCUGUACGAGACCAUGCACGGAAAGGCCACGGUGAACUUGUACACACUAAACCUGCGGGCCGUGAAGGAGAUGGGGCUGAAGGAUGUGGCGCAGCUGGAACAGCUUCCUUAUAACCAGUGGCCAAAGUACCUACAAACAUAUAUCGAUUCAGAUAUCAAACACAAUUCACACUCUCACUUUUUAAGAAUAAAGGACACUUUAAAAAAAGAAAUAGAUGCACAACAAUUAUUCUCUCUAGCAUUCAAGUACUUUAGAGAUCUUGCAGUGGAAACAGUGGACCUGUCAACACAUGGUCUGAAUGAAAAGUACAUUCAGUGGAUGAUCGGCAUUCCAGCUGUCUGGUCAGACACAGCCAAACAUUUCAUGCGUCAGGCAGCAAAGGACGCCGGCAUGCGUCCUGAAAACCUACGACUCGUCCUUGAACCAGAGGCGGCCUCUCUUUUCUGUGAAGAGCACGCAGUUGUGGCGUCUGGGAACACAUUAGAUAGACUUCCGGUUGGUCACAAGUACAUCCUGGCUGACCUUGGAGGCGGCACGGCGGACAUUUGUGUUCACGAGAUCAUGAGCGCAGGAAGACUGAGGGAAUUGUACAGGGCCACAGGCGGAGACUUCGGGGGAAAUACGGUGAACAAGGAGUUUGAAAUAUUUAUAUCAAACGUUGUAGGAUGUGGAGUUUGGAAGGAGUUUAAGAAAACACAUCGGGCGUGCUAUUGUGACUUCAAACUAUGUUUUGAAACUAAAAAGCGAGAAUUUCGUAUGGAUACUACAAAUGUAAUUUUUAAAUUAGAACCGUCACUUAUUUCAUUGUGUGAAACAUCCUCAAAUGAAACGUUUAGUUCAAUAGUUUCUAAAUGUAAACACAGUGCCAGUGUUGAGUAUAAAACCAAUCUAGGAAAACUUUUUAUCAACAGAUCUAAAAUGGAACAAUUUUUCGAUCAUUCUUUGUGCGGAAUCAUUCAGACAUUACGUCAUAUUGUACAAUCUUGUAAAACAGACAAUAUCACAACAUUGUUGCUCGUUGGAGGUUACGCUGAGUCUCAGUACGUAAGGGAGAAAAUCAAGUCAGCAUUUCCGAACUUCAGAAUUAUGCUUCCUUCUGACUCGCGACUGGCCGUGUUGAAAGGCACCGUUAUGAUGGGAUACAAGCCGAGAAACAUCGUAGAACGGAGGUCCCGGUUCACAUAUGGGUUUUGUUGUAACGAGGCAUUUUUACCGGGCGAGCAUCCGAAGGAAUUAAGAUUGAUCAAUGAUGGUGAAGAAAUGUGUAGGGGGGUGUUCGUGAAGAUGAUAGAGAAGAAUCAGCUGGUGAAGUAUGGCGACACCUUCACAUGGGAGGGACACUACUCAGCAGUAGAUAUGCACAAUAAACAUGUACCAAGGGAAACCGCACUUUGGCGUUCUUGCCACUCGAACCCACGCUUCUGCCUUGACAAGGAGGGCAGCGAGCUGCUGGGGAUAGAGGACCAGUUCUGUGAGAAGAUGGGAAAGUUCGUCAUUAAACCGCCGCACGAGGGGUGGCCAAACUAUUGGAAUUGUGAGACACAGCUUAUUGUCGGGGAGACAGAACUUAUUGUGAAAUUCAUUAAUAAGAACACUGGACAAGUGUAUGAAACGAACAUGAACUUCUUUUAA